UAGGGAGAUAUUUAUGUAGGCGAUGAUGAUGAUGAUGAUUAUAUAUAUAUUUUCUCUUUUCUUAACUACGAUAUAUAUCUACCCACUCUGAUCUCAAAAGUAAAGUAUGACCAAAUCAGAUAGUUGCAGCAAAGCUUCCACUAUGCUUCAAUCUGCAUCGAUCUUAACACACACCCAUCGCACAACUCAUUGGUGAAAAAAACCAUGCAGAUAUUCCUCCGGCCUUGCCCAUGUUACAUCUGUACGACCAAAGGGAUUUUGGAAGGAUUCGACAACAAGUUUUAGCAUUAUUAUAUGUUGAACUUUUUUUAUUUUUAACCUUAACUAGGUAGGCAAAGGUGCUCACUCACUCCAGUUAGAUCUUGGUCUGAUAUUUGUAUCUCCUUGUCAAGGUGUAUAUAUUAGCCUUCCCCUUACAUCCUGCGCCAUAUAGAAGAAGAGUACUUCUGGUCCAUCUGGGUCGCCGGCGACGAUUAAUUGGAUUUCAUAGCAGAAGAAAGGGUCAGUGAGACGGUCCCCCAAUUCGGAUAACAGUCGUCCACACAGACAAUUUACCAAGUCUUUUUGCCUUAUCUCAGAGACAAAGAAGAUGCUCCUUCUAUGUCCCUUUCUAGCUGGAAUCUUGACAACAUUACUGUAAACAAAGAACUGCCACCACCUUUCUGUUUUAGCCAAAAUAGAAACCCUUUCACUUUGUCUCUCUUCUACUAAACCCUUUGGAAAAAAAAAAAAACCAUCUUUUUUGUUUUUUGUAAUAGAUAGUGGAUAUGCAUCGCCGCCUGCUGGAUACAGAUCAGCUGAAUUUGCCACCGGACAAUGGGAACAGGACGCGUGACAGCUCGUACAUCAGCGAGACCAACUUUGACACCAACAUGGUGAUCAUAUUGGCGGCCUUGCUGUGUGCGCUGAUAUGCGCGCUUGGGCUGAACUCGAUCGUGCGCUGCGCCUUGCGUUGUAGCCGAAGGUUUGCGUUGGAGACCGCCGAGCAAACGGCCGCGAGACUAGCUGCCACGGGCCUCAAGAAGCGCGAUUUGCGUCAGAUUCCCGUGGCGGUUUAUGGGUCCGGCGUGAACAUUAAGGCCACCGAGUGCCCAAUUUGUCUCGGGGAAUUCGAAGACGGUGAGAAGGUUCGGGUGCUGCCAAAAUGCAAUCACGGGUUCCAUGUGAGGUGCAUAGACACAUGGCUUCUGUCACAUUCAUCCUGCCCAAACUGUCGGCACUCUCUGCUUGACCACCCAACAAGCACUUCAGGUGCAAAUCAACAAGUUCGCCAAGCAGAGUCAUCUGGAAAUGGGUCUGCAGCCACGCAAGGCAGCGUUGUCAUUGUGGUUAACUAGGAAAGUUAGGGCUGUCAAUUGGGCAGAGAUCUAUCACUGUUAGUAGUAGUAGUCCACUGUUAAAUUGUGCUGCAAGCCUGCAACCAUGGUGUAUAUUGAUGAGGUUUUUUUUGGAGGCUAAAUUGCAGAUGCUAUGAGGUUUUUUGUUUGGA